AUGUCUACUUCAACUGAUACUAGAUCUACUUACUUCGAACGCCCACCUGAACAGUGGAGUAUUAUCGGUUACUACCAUUUCCGUAAGGAGCAACCUAACUUUGAUGUUUUUCGUAAAGAGAAUGACUGGUUGAAAAAGGAUCUAGAGGCAAUUAUUAACAGCAGUAGGAGUACUGAUUUUCAACGUAAACGGGCUUCGAAAUUGUGUUCGUCUUUACCGUUAUUUUUAACAAGGUUAUGUAACCCACAACUAGGCAGGGCACCUACUAGCUGUCCUGUUGACGAUCUACUAGCUCGUUGUGAGAAAUUACAUGCCUUGCCUUGGUGCCUAAUAGCCACCAAGGAGUGCAAGAUUGCUCAAUCAAAUGCGCGACAAAGAAAUUGCCCACUUUUGGAAGGCCCAAGAAAAUAUAGAAACGAUGAAAAUGCGUGUAGAGAUGGCACGGGUAAGAAGACAACUGACGGAGUAUUAACUGUAAUCGAAACAACGAACGAAUUACAUCAACAAAAUCUCUUAUCCAUGUUCCCGGACAAUAAAUCAACAGAGAUACUAAAACGUAGGCAUACACCAUAUGAAUUCGACGAUGAUGAUGACACCGACAAGGAGGACGACAAAGAUCUUGCGAGUGCGAUUGAGGAAGAUAGUAUCGAAAAUGACUCAACGGAAGAUGAUCAUCAUCCAAAAGUCAAUAAGGUAGCCUUUCGCGAAGCAUAUAAUUUAAUUCCAAAUGAUUCUAAGUUGCGAUUGAGAACUGGAAAGAUCGUGGAAGAUGUUCUUUUCAAUUACGUCAAGGAUAUGGAUGAUGAACAUGAAAUGGAAUGGGAAGAAUUGACUGUAGAUCGAUUGGGUGUUCCUUCCAUUCCGCAAGAUAUUGCAAAAGAGCUGGCCCGAUAUGGAAAAAAAUCUUUAGGAGAGCUACGUAAGAUUGUGACAACCCCGUAUCUUCAAGAUGGAGUUACUUACGACGUUCAACAACACUGUGAUCUGGAAUGGAUCCAGUUGGCUGUGAGAGCCCUUGUAAAUCUUUAUGAAAAUACGGACUCACCCUUGGUACGAAACCAAUACGAGGAUUGGUUUACUGUUGCUCUCUUCGGGGCUUGUAUUGACACGUGUAUGAGAAACGCACAACUCGGCACUGAUGUAAAUAGAACCGAUGCGCCAUCAUUAUCCAGUGCUAACAGGAAGAAUCGUGCUCAACCCAAUAGUGCAAGAAAAUUAAUUGGUCGAAAGAUUGAUGGCAUUGUUUACGUGGUUAACAGGCUUCUUGAAGUGGGAGCGAUCGAGGCGGCGAGGUCAUUCUUCGGAGAAUUUGAUCGGAAAUGCCUUAUUGAAAAUUUUAAAAUGCCGAAAACUCUGCAUGAUAUGCUGGCCGAGCAUAUCAGAGCUGUUGACUAUGAUGAUAAAAAAAUAAAGAAACUUCAAGUGUUCGGUAUAUUGCAUCUUGGACUGAGAGUCCAAUUUACAAGGUUGUGGUGUGCCGGUGGGUCAGUUACAAUUUUCCGUAAAGAUCCCCAAUUGUACUACUUAGAUAAAAAGUUCUCGGUAGAAGGAAUUAAAACCUUCCUUAAAUUUCUAGCCUCAAUAUAUCAACGCAAGGUCAUCAUUAGGAAUAAUUUAAACGUACUGAAUAACAGUGAUAAUGAUGUUCUUGAGUCGAAUGAAGAUGAUUUAUAUAACGAGUUAAUAGAAAUUGGCCGACCAUCCACACCUCCACCAUCUUCACAAUCAGUUAGAUAUUUUGCUGAUUGUUGGAAGACCCCAAGGAAAGUUAAGCCAAAGAAAAAGAGGAAGUUGGAAUAA